AUGUCGUCUGACGAUCUCAGGCUGACGCUCAUGAGGCUCCCCCCACAAAGAAAGAACUUUGUGGGGAAACGUGAGAACAUCAUUAAGACACACGUGACCAUUAAUGGCACCGCGGAAACACAGUCCUUGUCUAACCCUCUGACAACGGGCAAAGAGUUCCUUAGGAAGUCGUCUAGACUACCACCUAUGAAUGGGAUAAUGGAAGCCGCAGUUCAAUCCCUUCUGCGAUCAUCUGAGGAUCUCAAGGCGGCACUCGAAGUCGAGGUCACACAACUUCAAGAACGCGGUGACCUUUCAAGUUCUUCCACAGAUGACCGAUUCAGACGCAUUCUGGCCGUGCUGUCGCACAGAAGUGAUUACGUGGGAGACGAAGAAGGCAGUGUUCUGAUUCUUAAGCGCACGCCGGAUCACUUCAUCCAGGACUUGAGUAUUGAAGUUGCAUACCCGAUCUCUGGAAGUUUUUCGUUCUCUGUUGCACAAGCAAGGCGAACAACUUCGGACCUUCGCGCAUCUGUGGGAGAUACUGGCGCUACGCUGGGUCAGUCGAGAUCAGAACUCAUUUUGACUAUAAAGUAUGAGCUGGCUAAUGAAAUACGAAGCCAUACUUUUAUCACACGAGAUACGCGGAAAUUGCAGUCCUUCACCUCAGAAUGCAGACGUUUGAAGGACAUAUUCAGUCAGCCGUUCUUCUUUUACGUCCCCCAUAUCGACUUACCAGUGCAUCUACUAAUUGUAGCUAGAAAUGAAUUUGAUGCUGAUUUCUCUUGGCUAUUACUUUACACACAAGAGAGCUCUUUGAAAUCAUUUUCAUCUCCUAUAGAUUUGCGCACGGUCAAACUACCGUUGCACACGCGACUUUCGCCGGCCAGUGCGGGGCUUCCAGGAGACGAUGCAGUCGAUAUCAGCAUUGUCCGCGAAAAUUGGAUAUACAACAAGGCUAUCGAGGAGGCUUCUACUGGAUCAUCGGCGCGCCUGCUCAUCCGCACAGGGACAUUCAAUGUCAAUGGAAAGUUGCCGUCGCAGGACCUGUCUCCCUGGCUCAGACCAGCGAAGCGCGAUUCAGAAAAAUCUGGAUGGAUAUCACCUUUGAAAUCCAUUUCACCACUCGAUAUACUGUCAAACCCAAUUGACGAACAGGUGACCAGCAGCCUAGGAGCCUCUUCUGCCACAUUAGCUCAUGCAAGUUUGAACAACGAUGCAAACGUCUCCGAUCCAGAUCUUCUUGUACUAGGCUUCCAAGAACUGGACCUUUCAACCGAAGCCCUCUUGUAUGCCACCAGUACCGUCAAAGAAGAUGCGUGGGUGGAAGCCAUCUUGGCUGGGUUAGGUGAGAGAGGCAUUCUCUAUGAGAAGCUUGCUUCCAAACAGCUGGUCGGCAUGCUAAUUGUUGCAAUUGCGAAGAAAUCGCGUCUGUCAUGCUUUGGUGACAUCAGAAUUAGCGUCGCUGGUGCAGGAAUCAUGGGUAUCAUGGGAAAUAAAGGUGCAACGGCGAUACGGAUGUCAUACACACCUUUAGCCCAAGACAUUUCGCCGAGUCCCACAGUGCUCACUUUCGUCAACGCACAUCUCGCAGCAUUUGAUGAAAUGGUAGAGAGGCGAAACUUUGACUUCCACGAUCUUUCCAGGCGCCUGGUCUUUGAUCAGACUGACGAGCUUGAUUCUGAUUCUUAUGCGAAUGCUGCACUGGAGACUUCGAGAAGAACUGCUGGAUUGUUUGAAAGUGACGUAUUAUUCUGGAUGGGAGGUUGGAUAGAUCUUGCGGACGGGGACGUGAGAGAACUACUAUCAUCUUCUCUAGGCACGAGUAACAUCCCACUUUUGCUAAAGUAUGAUCAGUUGAAGACGGCUAUCGCAAGCGGGAAAGCAUUUGCUGAUUUUUCGGAGCAUGCAAUCACACAUAUGCCUUCGUACAGAUAUGCAUCAAAUACGUCAGAGGAUUCUCUGGGAUAUGACCGAAAGCGCAAACCCGCAUGGACGGACCGCAUAAUACAUAUGUCAGCUCCCAGUGUUCCAGUCACCCAACGUUCAUAUUGCAGCCAUCCGCAAAUAACGAUGAGUGAUCACCGUCCAGUGUCAGCUGAUUUUGAUUUGAAUAUAUCAAUUGUUGACAAGGAAAGACGUGAGAUCGCCGCCUCUAAGCUGUACCGGGAGUUAUGGGGCGUGGAACAAUCCUCAAAGACACCGAAAAUCAAGCUACAGCCAUUGACAUUGGACCUUGGAAAAGUCUACUAUAAGCGUCUAACCCGACAAACGUUGUCCAUUCAGAAUAUCCCCUGCGUUUACCGAUUCGUCGCUGCAGAUGCUGAACAGCCGAUCUGUCCGCAAUGGCUUAAGAUUGAUCCCGUGGUGGUCCUACUUCGUCCGGGUGAAUUUUCAACCACCACUGUUACAGUGUUUGUCGACAGCUCGUCUGCGUCACGGCUGAAUCUUGCACCGCCCCGCUUGGAUUUUACCCUCAUAUUGCACACUGCUCUAGGAAAAGAUCACUUCAUCUCGGUCACUGGCGAAUAUCAAUAUACUUGCUUCGCAAACAAGCUUACCAGACUUACACGACUUCCCGGUCCCGUGCGAAGUAUGAAGUCCCCGAAUGAUUGGAUGCCUGCACGGCAGCCAGUGAACGCCCCGAGGGAGAUCAUGACGUUGAUCAACUGGUUGAUGACCCAUGUCACUAAUCCAAAUGAUUUAUUCAACAGUCCUCUUGAUGAGAGCAUAUGCAUGAACAUAAGAGAGUGUCUUGACACAGGAGAUCAAUUUCCAUCACCCCAAUCUGGAGAAGAGCACAAUCCACUUGCGACUGCCAUUGCAUCUACACUGGUACAGCUAUUGGACUCGUUAGUAGAUCCUGUCGUGCCCCCGUACCUCCAUGCACGGUGUUUGCAAAUGACAAGUAGAGACGAAGCAUUCGAGCUACUGGAUGAAUUUCCUCCUGAAUCAGUCAAUGUAUGGAUCUCGCUUACUGCAUUCCUCCAUUAUAUAUCCUUGCAAAAACUGCCGUCACAAUCAUCGCCAGAUCAAGCAGAUAUGGCAGAAAGGCUGGCGACUGUAUUUGCACCAGUAUUACUGCGGGACGACUCGACGGGGCUUCAUGCCUCCGUGUCUCCAAUCGGAAAGCGGAAGUUUUUGCUUCAUUUUGUUGGCUGA